UGGGGAAGAAUGUAGAUUGCUAUUGAGAAUGCUGCUAUACAGAUGAUUUGAUGUUUGGCAUGCGCCUCUCCAAGUUGGCGCUUGAGCACACAUGAUUCCGUCUCUUGUUGCGAUCUCAAAGGCCACGGGAAGCAACAACCUGAUGCUUUGCCAAUCGUUGAAGACUCUUUCAUGGCCAGAACGCCAGCUCCCGUAACUUCCCGUCACAAUGAGUCAAAUUCUGAUUAAAGUGUCACCUCUUCUCCUUCCUCAGAAGUCAUUCGCAUCGGUCUCGUGGAAGUCCAGGCCACGUUGGAUUCGAGACAAACCUUGAUGUGGAUGUUCAUUAUGAUGGGCUCACGACACUUGCCAUUGCCUCCUCUGUACUGGGGACGCGAACGAGGUGAUCGACCACGAUACGAUUCAGUGACCGAUCGAUACGGCAGACCAUCAGACUUCUACGUCGGCUUCGAGGAUCUUUCCAUCGACGCUCGAGGACAUACUAGCGACGUGCGUGUAGUGGAUGUCCGUACCAUCGAUCCUCGAUAUCUCGAUACGCGCACUAGUCCUUCAGGCCGUGGCUACCAAGGACAUCUCGAAUCGAACUUCCCAAAUCAUCGUGAUCGCGAACCAAGACUUCGUUCCGCAAUGUCGAGCCGAAAGAGUUCCGUCUCGUUUGGUAGGGGUAUGAAGAAGUUGUCUCGAGUUCUAACCAAGUCCGAGGAAUACUUCAGCCAGUUCAUAGGCGACUUCGACCAAGACAUGAACUCUACUGAAAAGUAUGCCACUCUGGAGAUCCAAGAGCAGUUGUGGCGUUUGAAGGUGGCUGGCAAGAGAGACAAGAGGACGAUCAAGGAUGAUCAAAAUCACCAGGAGGAGGAUGGAGAGAAACCCAAGAAGAAGUUUGAAGAGAAGAGAAAGGACCUCAUUCAUGCUCUUCAACUCGCAUUGACUGUACGUCUUGAUGAAGACCGAGACACCUCCAAGGCCAAAGCUCGUAUCGAAACUGCCAACCGACUCCAAGACAAGAUUCGUGUAGCCAACGACCAAAUAUCAGAGUUGUUGGACAAGUCGACCAAGGAUCGUGAUCAUUGUGGUGCUCUCCUCAAUGAGAUUCGACUGUUGAAGAAUUUGAUUGAUCCUGAGAUGGACGGUAACAAGGACCUCUUCAAGGUUACCGAUGGUGAGCCGGAUGGAGCAAGUGAUGCUGAGGAGGAGGGUCGUGGUAGUGGUAGAGAGGCUUGGGAGAACUGAAAUUGAACAGGAGAAGAUUGUGAGGCUGGGGGGAAGAUUGCGAUAUGCGAUGAGGCGCUGAUUUAGAUCGAGAGAUGAAUGUAUCGCUUUCAAAGCCUUCGUAUGAGCAGCGCAUUCGAAGAUCUUGACCUUGAGUAAAUACGCAUUUAUUAGUAGUAUCCCUUCUUUCGUG